AUGUAUGUGGUGGGAGAUACACCAAGUAUUGGAGCAAUUGAGAGGUUUAUUGCAUCGCAAUGGAACUUUGUAUCAAAACCGAAGGUAUACUAUCACAAUGAUGGCUUCUUCGUAGUGAGAUUCAAAAAUGAAGAGGAAAGGAAUGAAGUAUUAUACUCAGGACCAUGUACAAUCCAAAACAGACCAGUAAUCACUAAGGCAUGGACAACAGAUUUUGAUUUCAAUGAAGAGGUGUUGAAAACACUGCCGCUAUGGGUUAAACUACCAAAUCUGCCUCUGAAUUGUUGGGGAAUGGAUUCCUUGAGUCGUAUAGGUAGUGGAUUGGGAAUUCCAAUGUAUGCUGAUGAAUGUACAACAAAGGUGGAAAGGAUAUCCUAUGCUAGAAUCCUUGUGGAAAUGGACAUUACAAAGCCAUUACCAACAAAGAUAAUAGUUAAGGAUCCGAGUGUUGUUUAUGAUUGGAAACCAACGUAUUGUAGUACUUGCUUACAAUUGGGACAUAACUGCCAAACUAAACAAACACAGCCACAGAUGAACAAGCAGCAGAAACAGAAGCAGGAAUGGAAAACAAAAGAGCAGGAGAAACAAGGAAACACAAAUCACAAGACACAAGAAGCAGCAGGAAAUACAGAACAAGUACCAAAAAUGCAGAAUACAAUGAAAGCAACAACGGAGGAGAAUAGAGGAUGCAAGCAGCAAAAGGAAAAUCAGCCACAAAGAAUACUCAAGCAGCACCAGCAAGAGAGUUAG